AGAUUGUCAGAUCAAUGACGUAUUCCAUUUGCAAUUGAAAAGUGUCCUUCAACAAUGCGUAAAUAGAAGGAUUACAAUCCGGUCGUUAUCUUAUCGACAUGUAUUCAUAAGUCCCAUAAAUAUAUCAAUAAUUUCCUAAAGUUGUACUGUUUGUCGCUGUUCAAACAGGUCUCGGAUGUUAUUUAUCAUCUCGGUUCAAUCCACAUUUUCAAUUACCACUUCCAUUUUCGUUAUAUCAGGAGUAUUACAUACCAUGCCCGUGUCAAUUGUCGACUGAGCUAGGGGGUUCCAAUUUAAUGGACGUUGCCGAACCAUUAUUCAGCUCGAAAUCAUAUGACCAUUCUCUUUCUAGGCAAAGCUCAAAACGCUGGAAAAAUAUUCCAGCAUUGUUACAGCAUUGUUACUGAGCUAUGGCUGCGAGGAAACUAUUCAGAGAUUAUUUGGCCAAAAGGGUUUCUUCGAGAUCCAUUGGAGGGGGCGCCAGACGUUACUGCUCUUCUUCUUCCUCUGCUUCUUCAUCUGCUGCUGCUUCAGAGUCUUACCCCAGAAUCCAUCAUUUCUCCAAACGAGUAAGUAUCAAUUUUCAGACGUCUCUCUCUUAUAUAAUUGAAUUUGGAUACUUACUUAUCGAUAAAGUUUGAAUUUUUUUCCUAAUCUGUGUAAAUUUUUGGUGGAAACAUUAGGCAGCAGUAAUACUUAACACUGACGUUUUCACUUGCUACUAAAUGCGUCUGAUUUUAUUGAAUAGUCGAAUUUCACCACGCUGAAGCUAAAGCUUGAGUUGGUGUAUGGAAUAAAUCUGGUUUUUGAUGGAUGAAACUCAAAGACAGGAGUGUUGAGAAUCCAUUUUACUGGUAAAUAUGGUCAUCUUAUUCGAAAGGCCGCGAAGGGAUGCUGAUCCUUUUAUUCAUACAAGAAGAGGAAACGUAGUGUGCAUCAAAUGGGUCUCAAGAACAGCACAGGGGUUAUAAUUUAUUGCAGCAUGGAGUUUAUUUCAUUUGUUCUUGUUUUUAUCUUGCUUUGUUUUGAUCAUUGUGAUUCAAAGGGGAGACUGCUGACUGGAGCCACCAUAGGAUUGGUAAUAGCGGGCGGAGCUUAUGCGAGUACUGUAGAUGAGGCAACUUUCUGGUACCUUUUGAUCUCUGAAUACCAUUUCAAUUCUCUUUAGCUUAUGCGAGUACUGUAGAUGAGUGCUGUAGGUUGUCCUUGCUCUCCGCCUCGAUGGACUGGUAAAGGUGGUGGUAUAAGCAGUGGUGAAGAUGCAUACAAAAAGAAAAAGAGCGGGUGCGACUCUGGUUCAGCUUUACACAGGAUUUGCUUAUGGGGGUCCUGCUCUCAUUCCAAAGAUAAAGCCCCUACUGUCCUGGAUCAGACCGUCUGGCCCUCUCAGACAAUCCCUCCCAAGACCUUAAAGUUUUCUCAUAUUGCUCUCCACCAAAUUAGAGUACAACACCAGUUUCUGUUGGAGUCUCCGAUGAUACCGCCAGAAACAUUGGGAGCCCACCUCUUAAAAGUUCUAGUUGAAUGUGCUUGUUUGAUUGUUUGUCUUACACAAAGAUAUCUUUAUCCCACAACAGCUACGGAUCCUUUGAAAGAAAAUACCACUCUCUCCUAAUAAAUGUUUGUUUAAGGUUGUAACAUGGUCGUAUUGAAUUUUA